AUGGAAGCCCCCAUUGCCCAAGCAGUCGCAGACCCUUCCUCCAGCAACGGAGCCAGAAGAUCCUCACACAAAUACCGCGGCGCCACAGUAGAAGACCUCGACCCCCCACCAGCCCUCUCCACCUCCCCCAAAGCCUCAAUCUCCUCCGCCCUCCUCGCAGCCUACGAACGCGACUUCUCCCACCUCACCGUGCUCUCCCCCACGGACAAAUCCCUCCUAGGCUAUGUCUCCAUCGCGCACCUGCGCGCCCAGCUCGAAGCAAAGACGGUGCAAGACUCUGACCCCGUGGAGAAGGCGAUGGUGCGCUUCCAGCGCAAGGGCCGGAGGUAUAGGUUGAUUACGAUGGAAACGCGGCUGGAGGAGUUGGAGGCGUUUUUCGAUGGCGUUGGUGUGGAUGGGGCGAGGCAGGAGUUUGCUGUUGUCACCGACCCGGGGCGGAGGUUUGUGCUUGGUGUUGCUACCAAGGGGGAUUUGGAGGAGUUUGUGCGGAGGAGGCCGGCUUGA